AAUACACCCAACAUGAUCAUGAAGACCAAUAUUCUUAUUAUUUGCAUUCUCUUUGCUUCCCUUCUUUUAUCGCCCUCUUCGAUUCUCGCUCGAGAAUUGGCUGAGAGUACCGGAGGUAAUGGCCAAAUCGGGAAUCCCAACAACCCAGCAUUUCCAAUAAAGUGCGAUCCUAAGAGCUCGACUUACAGUCAUUGCAUAGGGCAAACCAAGCCAGAGCCGAAGUGUAAACCUAAUGGGGUCUACGCUCGAUGCCCAGGUACUGGCUCAUCUGGAAAACCCAAUAAUCCAGCAGUAAAACCAGGUACUGGCUCAUCCGGGAAUCCCAAUAAUCCAGCAGUAAAACCAGGUACUGGCUCAUCCGGAAAUCCCAACAAUCCAGCAGUAAAACCAGGUACUGGUCAACCAAAUGAUCCGACCAAAGGUCCAAUAACCAAGUGUGAUCCCGAGUCAAAAAAUUGCCUUGUGAAACAAAAGCCGAAGCCCAAGUGUAAUCCCUCGAACGUGUUUGAACGUUGCAGCCCACCUCAAGACCCAUGAAUAAGCCAUGCAUAAUUAAUUAUGCUGUGUAAUCAACGUAUGAAUUAAGCCCAAGUGGGACUGUGGGACGCUUAAUUAUUAAUUAAUUACCACGACAGCCGACAGGGACGGUUGAGAAUAAUGGGCCGUUAAUUAUGUAGUUUGCUAUAUAUAUGUGUGCAAUCAAUAAAAAUAGAUCGACGAUCUGUUUAUUUUCUUA